ACUGGCAUGUUUUACUGCAAGGCAAGCGGAGUACACACACAGAGAGCCCGAAAACAACCACAUAAAACCUCGGAGCUGUGAGAAUAUCGCACCAUGGCUACACACGCUAGCUUGUGCUGUCGCUUAUUCGACAGACAUACCACCUUAACACAUUUCAGAAAACUCUUCGUCCAGUGCGUAAGCGGUAAUACCCAGCGUCUGUAUUCAGGUGCUACGCACAAGGAAAAUGAACUUGCACUUAAAGACUCGGCUUCAUCUGCUCCUAACUUCGCCUCAGCUCUCACAACUGAGUUAAGACAGGUGAGGCUAAGAGAUGACAGCAUUCUACCCUUUUCAGCGUUUUUGACUGACAAGUUUGGCCGGAGGCACAGCUACCUGCGCAUCUCCCUGACUGAGAAAUGCAACCUGCGCUGUCAGUACUGCAUGCCAGAGGAGGGGGUGAAGCUUACACCACGGGGCCAGCUGCUGUCCACCUCAGAGGUACUGACCCUGGCUCGUCUCUUCGUCCAGGAGGGGGUGGAGAAAAUCCGACUCACUGGAGGAGAGCCCCUCAUCAGACCCGAUGUGUUGGAUAUCAUCGCAGAACUGAGGAAGCUGGAGGGCCUGAAAACCAUUGCGGUGACAACCAACGGCAUGAACUUGGCCAGGCUUCUGCCCAAACUGAAAGAAGCAGGCCUUGACCUGAUUAACAUCAGUCUGGAUUCACUGGUCCCUGCCAAAUUUGAAUUCAUCGUCAGGCGAAAAGGGUUCCACAAGGUCAUGGAGGGCAUUGAUAAAGCUAUCGAAAUGGGCUACAAUCCUGUCAAGGUUAACUGUGUGGUCAUGCGAGGCCUCAAUGAGGAUGAGCUGCUUGAUUUUGUGGCGCUGACAGAGAAGAAGCCUCUGGAGGUGCGUUUCAUCGAAUACAUGCCCUUUGAUGGCAACAAGUGGAACUUCAAGAAGAUGGUGAGUUAUCAGGAGAUGCUGGACCGCAUCAGGCAGCAGUGGCCCAAACUGGAAAUGCUUCAAUGUGGACACACAGAAACGGCCAAGACGUUUAAAGUGCCAGGCUUUAAAGGUCAGGUGGGCUUCAUCACCUCCAUGUCUGACCAUUUCUGUGGCUCCUGCAACCGCUUACGCAUCACUGCAGAUGGGAACCUCAAGGUAUGUUUGUUUGGGAACUCUGAGGUGUCUCUGAGAGAUGUCUUGCGCUCCGGGGCAUCAGACGAAGAGCUACUGCAAAUCAUUGGAGCUGCUGUGGGCAGGAAGAAGAAACAACAUGCAGGCAUGUUUAGUAUCUCUCAGAUGAAGAACAGGCCGAUGAUCCUCAUUGGCACCACAUCCCAAAUGCCUUUGUCUCUGCCACAGUCACAAGACAGCCAGAGAGCUUUCCCCAUUGUUUCUCAUCUUACAAACAACACAUUCCUCUCUCCAGCAGCAGCUCCUCACAUGUGUAGCUCAGGCAGCAGGAGAGUCCUGAAUAGAGAGGGUUUUUUGUGCCUUCCAGACUGCACUGCUUUAACACAAGCAGGCCGUGUCUGCUGCUCCAGAACCUUAAAGAGUGGGGGUACCCAUGUUAGGUCACAUUUCAACAAAGAGAAACUUAAUACGAUGGACUGCCUCCACAGUGCAGCACCCCUUCGAUCAUCUGAGUUUAGUAAUGCUCUAACUUUCAUCAGUGGUCACACUAAGACUGCAAGUUUUAUUCUGCGCACAAAUGUCAUGAGCUACAUUAAUACAGACUGUCUCAGGUACGCACAAGCCGGGGGUGCUAAUGCUUUGAAGAGCCACACACUCGGGACCCCAGGAAAACCUAUUUUUUGCACACUACUAAUGAAUGCCAAAUUAAAUCUUAAACAUCACAGUGUUAGACUGUGCCACAAUCAAAGUUCCAGCAAAGACCCCAGUGUCAAAGUCAGACAAUCUGUGAGGGAUCACACACAGUCAGGCACAAACGUCUACAACACUGACCUUAAUGAAACAACCGAAGCCCAGCUUACACAUACAGACGCCCAGGGCCGAGCCACCAUGGUGGAUGUCGGAAGGAAAGCUCCCACACGUCGAACAGCCACAGCCCGUGCCACCGUCAUCUUGGGCCCCACCGCCUUCCGGCUGCUUCGGGAUAACCAGCUGGCUAAGGGUGACGCCUUGGCAGUGGCGCAGUUAUCUGGCAUCAUGGCUUCCAAGCAGACCUCAGCCCUCAUCCCGCUCUGCCACCCACUCCCCUUAGACCACGCCUCUGUCACAUUUGACCUUGAUGAGCUGCAGAACGCUGCAGUCAUUACAGCAACGUGCCGCACUACAGGCAGGACCGGAGUUGAGAUGGAGGCUUUGACGGCCGUAUCCGUCGCUGCGCUAACCAUCUAUGACAUGUGCAAGGCAGUGAGCCAUGACAUCAUCAUCACAGAUGUAAAACUGGUCAGUAAGACAGGCGGAAAGAGGGACUUUCAUCGUCACCCAUGACAUCCUCUCAUAACGUUGAAUCCAACCCUGGAAAACUAGGAAUUUAUGAAUUGUUAGCAUCAUGAAGACUGCACCAGAUUUUACCAGAAUUGUCAUAUUUUUCUACAAAACUAAACUUUAUGCCAUCAGAAGUAAUUUUUAAAAGGUGUUCUAAUCAUAUAAAAGACACAGACAAAAAACACUUUUGGUUACUGUUGACACGAUACUGGAAUUUCUAACUUCAACAGUACCUUGAAAAUAUCAAUAUUCGAUACCAUAAGAAGAAAAUUGGCAGUACUGUCAUAGAUUAUAAAUCUUUUAUUAACAGAUAAAUAUAACAGCACUUUAACAUGACAAUGACUUGUCUUGGGUGGUAGCAGAGAACAGCAGUAUGACUGUAGUAAAUAUUAACAGUUACUACUUUUUCACAUUAAUAAAAAAAAAACAAUAUUCUUGCAGUGGUGCACCUGCUUAAAAGCCUCUGAGAUUGCUUUUCAAAAGGCAAUGAAGAGCAAGUAAAAAACAAAACAGUGCCACGAAUCCCAUAUGCAACCGGAGUGAAUGAGAAGAAUGAUGAGAACACAGCACUGUGAGUGAGUGAACAAAGGCGCGUGGCUGUUGUGAUAUGUGUGUGUGUGUGUGUGGGUCGACUUACGAUUGAGGAGAUGAGAGAGCAAAAAAGUAGUAUCAGUAGUAUGGCUACUUUGGAAAAUGAGCACAGUUUUGAAUAUUCAGAAUUGAUAUGUAUCGAUAAAUGGAUAUUUUUGACAACACUACUUUGAGUUUUACCCCCAUCCUACCAACCUCUGACAGUAGCCUUCUCGAUUGCCUGCUCCAGUGAUGCUGUUAGCAGAGUUGAAUUACUUGAUCCGUCACUUAUCCCACACAAUAUGAAUCAUGUUACCUAAACAGUGUUUAUGUUAACUUAAUUUUAGCAGCGCUUUGCAAAUAAUUCAAGUGUCAUACAUGUUCAUGUUAUAUCUUGUAAUACCUAUGUAUCAAGUAAAGAGCUUAGAACAGAUGUGUCACUAGAGGGCACUCCAGUACUGGAUUCACAAGCCUCCCUGGGACAACGAGCAGAGGGCGGCUUCAACACUACUCACAUGUUGAAUGUAUUUAACGUUUAUCAUCCUACAUCAACUUUGAAGAGAAUUCAAUUUAGAAUGAGGCACACAUGUAUAAAAGUGUAUGAACCUGUUUAUACCUGGUAGUAACGUGUCACAGGUGAUCUGAGCACAAGUGGACAGUUGUGAAUGCAAUGAGCAACUACUCGGCUGAUGUCCCUGCUUAUCUGGCACCCUACCAGAUAAAAACACUACUGACGCAGAGCUGAAAGACUAUGUGAAAAUACCAGGUAUAAACAGGCAUUAUGUUUAAUGACUUCCCAGGUCUGCUGAUAGUCUUAACUGUGAAAUACCAAAUACUCUACAGUAUAUGUUCCUCUACUUGCCUGCUUUGCAUUGCUAUAGUGUUUUUACAGGUUAAGCUUUGGGGUUUAUUCAGUUGCAACUUCUCUCAGCAAUGUUGCCGUCAUUAUUUUGUCAGUAAUGGGAAAGAAUUCACCUUUUUAUUCUUAUUUGUUUCCUUCUACCUCCUGUUGUACAUUGGAAACACUGAAUGUUUGUACUCAUACCGCAUUACAGUAGAGGAUGACCUUACAGCAACUGUUUUUUUUAGCUUUUGCUCUAAAAUAUUCACUAUUCAUGUACUGGCUGAUAACAAAAAUCAUUACACUAAGGUUUUGUCGUUAAUUUGACGGUAACUCAAAAUGUACAAUUGUAAUUCUUAUAUGACUGAAGUGCUUGACGAUAUGGCAGCUGAUGCAGCCUCCAUGUAUUGCAUGUCACAUUCAUUUUGUCAUUAGUACUGUGGGUAUGGGCCUCACUGGUCUGCUCUGUAGACCAACAGUUCUCACUUACUGUCUUUGGAGAACUGAAUAUUGCUAUUUUUGUAUCAUAGCCAAUAGUUGAUUGUAUUCACUCUGCACCCAGGUCUCUUCAUUGAACUGCUCAUUUUUGGAAAGAAGUAAAUGCAAACUGAGUUGCUGCAGGCUUGUGUAGCAUUUAUUUUACCUUUUAUAAAAAUUAAAAUAUCCAACAGUC